UUCCAGUCCUUCUCCAGCUUGACUUCCAGCUGCUGUCACAUUCCUCUACACGUCGCAAUUGGCCGGCCGAGGCUGCCUGUUUUUUUUUGUUUUUUUUGUGUGUGUAUAUUUGCCGUGCGAGCCUGUGUGUGUCAUUGCGGUUGUGUGUGUAAGCAUGAAUUAGGAUGGAAAGUCUUUUACAGGUCGCCCAUGCUACAAAGGGAAUGUUUCUGCUGUCAAGGAAAGGACUAUAAUUGCUGCGGGAGUUUUGGGGGAUCCGCAAAGUUGAAUCUGGAUCAUCGAGCGGCUGGAUUCUGUUCUGCAUGAUGACGGAAGUGGCCUGUCCAGCUUUAAUCAUGGACUCUGAGAUGAUGUCACAACCAGAGUCGGAUCAGAUUCCUCCAGAUGAGCACAAGUCGGCACCCCUGGAUCUGAUUGACACAGGGAAGGGUCUCAAGGUCCAAACGGCCACCCCUCAUCUGGUUAGCCUGGGUAGCGGCAGACUAAGUGUGGCCAUUACCUUGCUGCCACUCAAAGAAGGCGUGACCCGCAUAGGGCGAGAAGAUGCCCCAAUUCCUCAAGAUAUCACCAUCCAGGGUCCUGGAAUCCAAGCCGAACACUGCCUCAUCUUCAAUGAAGGCGGUGUAGUUACCCUGGAUCCCCGCGGUCACCUGUGCAGUCUCGAUGGGGUUCAGGUCACGGUGCCAACCCCACUCACACAGGGUUAUUCCCUGUGUCUCGGCAAGUCCUACUUCUUCCGGUUCAACCAUCCCGAGGAGGCAAGCAGAAUGAAGAGCAUGCUCCCACAAAAGAGCCCCGUCUCCGCCCUGGCAUAUAAUACAGACUAUCUGAAGUUCAGCAGCGAUUAUAGCCGCGCUGUGGUCGGCGGGACCAGCAGCACACGGGGCAUGCGCUCAGCCUCCGAGCUCCGCGAUUUGAUGGACACCCUGCAGCGCAAGAAGAAAGCGCUGGAAAACAGCCUGAGGGCCAACGGGAAUACCAACCCGUCAUACUUCAGCGUGACGCAGUCUCCGCCCACCACACCCAUCACAUCGCUCUCCUCGUCAUCAGCUUAUCAGGAUCAGGCGCGACGUUUCUAUGGUGCGGAUCGUCCCCCCGCGUCGACGAAAUCUGCGCCCCCUCCUUCGCCAUCUCGACGUUCGGACCAUUCCUCUCUGCUCUCACGUUCCUCCAUCACUCGCAACCAGGACAACUUGGGCACCAGUGAGAGCCGACGUCUCCAUCACCCAGGCUCUUCGCCAUUAUUGUCAACGUGGCACGGCAGGGGCUCAUCAACGUCUGUAUCUGCUGGUGAUAGCUUACUGCUUUCGCUUCCUCCCGCCUCUUCCUCAUCCCGCCCGCCAUCGAACGGGGGCGCCGUCAGCAUGCCUUCGAGCCCCCGUCUCGGGCGACGCAGCUACGGCAACCAAGAAGCCGCACCGAGCGGUCGAACGAGGAAAUAUUCCGCCGGUUCUCUCAAUGGUCCGGUGGGAAUCGGGCACAGCCGCUCGCUGCCUCGCCUCUGCCCGUCCCCAGCGCCCCGAGACAACAACAAUGGCAUCCUGACAUUAUCCACCUUGCAGCCGCAUCGCUCUGACACUCACAAACUGAGCAAGGACCAUCACAACAACAACUUGAACACCAGGCUAGACCUCAACCACAACUCCAGUAACUCCAGUCGGCAGCUCUCAAAUAGGAAUCAGGUCCAUACCACAACUCAAGGGGAGGGCCUCGUGUCUAUCUCGCUCUCCUCCCUCAAGCUGCCCUCCUGCAACGGCGUCACUUCCUCCGCGGCAUCCCCGCCUGACGUCACAAUCCCAUCCAAGACGGGAGGGUCGUCGUCGCCUCGCGUGGCCAAGAAACUCAGCCUGACUUCCACGAGCUCGGUGGGCUCCAUCAGCUCCACGAGCACCGGCGCCCCUGAACUAGAGCUGCCGUUCGGGGAAAGGGCGAAACCUUGGGUGGACCCGGAACCGACCCUUGGCUUUGGACGCAGCGAGAGUAGGUCAUCGUUCGGGAAAGCAGGAGUGACCCCGCCGGGUGGCUUUCGGGAAAGACGGGGGAGCAUCAGCUCAUUGAAUGGGAAGGAGGAACUGAGCGGCUACCAUCAUCAUCAAAAGGAGGAGCGACUCCGUGAGCAGGAGGUGGAGAGACUGGAACGGCAGCGUCUCGAGACCAUCUUGUCCCUGUGCUCCGAGCUCGACCAGGAUGGCGGAGGCUCGGUUACAAAUCCAGCAACUGCUGUGGCAGACCUCCAAAAGAUCAACCAGGAGCUGCAGAAGCUCCAGCUGAAUGACGACGACGACGACACGGCCUCGGUUUUCUCUGGCUCCUCGCUCCUUAACGGCUCCGCAGGGAACGGACUUAUUCCGGAGAACGGCUACUUCGAUACAGACCUACCGGUCCGACAGAGACGCAGUAGUUGUACUCGAGACAGCAGGGCAGAAUCGCCGGCUGUCAGUCUGCGCAGCUUCGCCCCAUCGCCCUCGCCUCAGAUAAACGAGGCACGCGACGAUGCGGUCCACCGCUUCGGACAGGAAGCCAGGCCCUCGGAGGAGGAAAUGAGGAAAGUGGAGGAGGAGAGGAUUCAAGUCCUAAACAACAUGGAGCAGCUUGAGCAGAAAAUUAAAGAGCUGGACAACCAGAUGGAGGAGUCUGCCCGAGAGGUGGAGGUAGAACGAGCUCUCGUUGAGGCGGAGCAGGAGUCCGAGUUAGCUGCCCUCCAGCAGGAAAAAGAGGCCCUGGAUACACUUCACAACAAGAUCGCUGACAUGGAGGCCAAAUCUCAGCAUGAAAAAGACAAGGCGUGCGAGUUGCUGCAGGCAGAAAAGGGCAGAGUAGAGAGAUUGGCUCAGAUUGUGUAUGAGCAGCGCUCCCAGCUGGACAGCUGCCCCGAGGCCACCAAGGAGCCCCUGCAGGAGCAGCUAGCCAGGGACUGCGAGGUACUUGAGACAGAAACAAAGCGCUUUGAGGACCUGGAGUUCCAGCAGCUGGAGAGAGAGAGCAGGCAGGACGAGGAGAAGGAGACCCAGACACAAGAACUUCUCCGAGAGAUCGCCGACUAUCAACGGAGCACCGUGACCCGCAAGGAGCGACUGUUGAUUCUGAAGAAGCAGGAGGCAGAGAUUACUCAACAGGCUGAGCGAGAGAAAGAAAGCUUCCUGAAGGAGAGGAGCAAUCUUGAAGCAAUGUUACAAAGGGAGAAAGAAAAUCUUGCGCCUCUUGAUCGAAAAUAUGCUGACCUUACUGGUGGCCAAACCUACACGCUCAGGGAGCAUUUCCGGCUGCUGGAGGAAAGGAAGCGCUCUGACAAAGAUGGCGGACCGCAUCUCAGUGACACGUUACCCAGGAAGAAAGCGACAUCGGCCACGAUGCCCCAGUACUCCAGUGCAACACUUGGACGGAGUUUCCCAACAAAGGCCCAUCCACCGUUGGUGCAGAGCACGAGCUGUGGCAGCAUUCUUCCCAGAAUUCUCUCCUUAUCCAGCAAGGAAACGGAAAGCAGACGCCUGCAAAAAGGUCAUCCGAGCUCUCGAGCGUCAUCCCAGACGAACGUCUACCUCAACGCCUUCGACUACCGUGACAACCAAUCCUUUGACACAAUGAGCGUGGAUAGCACGGACUCCAUUGAAACAAGCAUCUCUGCAUGCUCUCCUGACAAUAUCUCCAGUGCGAGUACGUCAAAUGUAGCCAAGUUAGAGGAGAUGGAGCGUCUGCUGAGAGAAGCCCAGGCAGAAAAGAACCGACUCCUUGAGCACAAGGAGCGAGAGAUGGAAAUUCGAAAGCAAGCGCUGGACGAGGAGAAGAAGAGGCGGGAGGAACUGGAGAAGUUGCUCCAGGAGGAGACCAGCAGGCGGCAGAAGCUCAUCGACCGUGAGGUGAAACUACGAGAGAAGCAGCGAGUGCAGUCCCGACCACUCACACGGUACCUCCCGGUGCGAAAGGACGAUUUUGACCUGCGGGCUCACAUUGAGUCGGCCGGCCACAGCGCCGACACGUGCUUCCACUUAUCCAUCUCUGAAAAGACAUGCAGAGGUUACCUGAUCAAGAUGGGCGGCAAGAUCAAGACCUGGAAAAAGCGCUGGUUCGUCUUUGACCGCAAUCGACGGACGCUCUCCUACUAUGCGGACAAACACGAAGCCAAGCUGAAAGGCGUCAUCUACUUCCAAGCCAUUGAAGAAGUGUAUUAUGACCACCUGAAGAAUGCACAUAAGAGCCCCAACCCCUCCCUCACCUUCAGCGUCAAGACUCACGACAGGGUCUACUACAUGGUGGCCCCUUCCCCUGAAGCCAUGAGGAUCUGGAUGGACGUCAUCGUUACAGGCGCUGAAGGAUACACGCAAUUCAUGUUGUAGCCAAGCGGAAUGAGCACCUCAAAACGCCUUGGUGGCUUUUUUUCCCAACCCAGAGGUUGGGGGUUCGAUCUCUGGCCAUCGCGACCUUGUCCAAGUGUCACCAGUCGGUCAAUGAGGAAACAUUGUUACACGCAGUUCGACAAGCGCGAUGCGAGUGGCAGCCCAUUGAGAGCGCUUACUUUUUUGAAGACUAUAUUGUUAUUUUAGUAGGGGAACAUGUAUCUAUCUGUUCGACCUGGACAACUAUCUGACAGCACCUCCGAUUUACCUGUUAGGUACAUUUAACGUGCCUCGUUACUAAAGGACAAACACAAAUGAGAACAAUCAAAGGCUUUUUCGUCUUAACUGUGCAGUCGAUCCGACACUACCUCUUUUUCAUGUUGGGGUUAAAUACCGAGGAAGCAAGCACACUGCAUUCGUAACCGUCGCAUCACGGACUCAGAAAAUGAUAGUUGGAGUGAGAAUGUUAUCUUUUUUGCCAAAGCCAUGAAUAUUGCAUGUACAUUGCGACUUUUUCAGCAAAGCCUGAUCGUUUGGCUUUGUACUCUUUUCCUCAGGUUUUAGUCAUGUGCAUGCAUGCGUCCUGUUUGUCAUGGAAACGUGUGAUCCAAAGGGACUUGUUUUGUGUCUGUAUGCGCACUCGUAAACGGCGCUCAUGCAGCUCACGGUGCUUCCCAAGUACUGAUCAACACAAACGACGCAGACGCAGUUUUCACACUGCCGCCCAGGAUGAAAGAAGGCCCGCAAAUAAAGCGCACCCCGGCCGUUCAAAGACCGAUACCUCAAAGCCAGAAGUGAUUUUAAAAGUACAGUUGCAGUCACUGAUCAACAUUCGGAUGGCUUUUUGUUUAUGCAUAGACAGCAGUAUAUAUUUUUCACAACACUGUUUCUGUAGACUCUGUGCCACAUUGCCUGUGCUGACAAAACAUAAUUGUGGCAAGAGUGCUGCCUCCACUCUGAGGUUUAAGGGGCCCGGAGAGCGAGGGGGAAGGGGGAAUAUAAAGAGGGACAUAUAUGAACCGGCGUACAUGCUGCUGAAUAUUGUGCUUUAGUACACUUGCUUUUACAGUAUUGAUUUGCUUUAAUUUGGAUUAAUUUAAUGCCGUUUUGUUUUUUUAUACAGCGCACCCGCUUUAGAGCUCAAUAUCUAACAGUUUGUCAUUGCAAAUUUCUCCCUUGUGAGACAAUAAAGGUUUUCUUAUCUUAUCUAACCCUGAGCAAUAUCGCUGCAUCGAUGUCAACCUUUUUCGUGCAAUUCUUGACCAAAGUUCACGUCCGUGUUGUAUGACCCAGGUCAAGUUCAUUAUUUCUUUGCUGUGCCUUUUUGGAUGACAAUGUUUGGUUGUCAGUUCCAAGCACAAAUCAGCGCUCCUGUCACUUUGUGGAGUUACGAUAUUGUCACCCUUUGAAAAGAAUGGCCAAAGUCGUAUUUUUGGCCCGUAUCAUCUCAGGAUGCCGGGGGGGAAACAGCGCAUUGAUUUCUACCUCUGAAAUGACAUUUUGAAGAAAUACAAUCAGGAUUUGAUUAAGUUUUUCGUGUUUGAAAGAAAGAAAACUACUUUGGCCUUUAUUUUAGGAAGGUGGCGAUGUCUUUGCAUGGUUGUUAAUUUUUAUAUAAAUAAUAAACACCUCGUUUUCUUCUUCACGA